AAGACAAGCAUAAGCAUGCAGAUUCAGAAUUACAAUAGCAUAAAAGUUUCAAUUAUUCAAGCUAUAAAAAACUGCCAGAUACAUUUCACUUUCGUUCUCUCAAUAACGCUCCCCUUCCCCUCUGCAGCAAACAGCAAAACAGGAAGAAGGGUCAGCAGUCGAGAGGAAGACGAGCUGAGCUGCACAUUUAGAACCGCAGCCAGAGAAACACACACAGACCUUAAAUCUCACUCGGAGCUUCACACAAGAACCGCAGACAGAGAAACACACACAGACCUUAAAUCUCACUCAGAGCUUCACACAAGGGCUGCAGUAUCUAAUACCAAUAUGUUUAAGAAUAUAGGGUUAUACCUGGGAUUAACUUCAAUUAAACCUGAAUUUGUCACAGUUCUGGCUGAUAAACAAGUUGAACAUGGACAGAAGAUUAAUCUUUCCUGUAAGGCAAACACAGAAGAUGUAACAGUCUCAUGGGAAAAGCAAGGCCAAAAAUUGUGUUGUGUUGAGGACAAGCAUGAUGUGAGAAAAAAUGGUACACAUUGUGUCUUGGAAAUUUCAAACGCUGUGGAGGGUGAUGAAGGAAAAUACACCGUAACCCUGAGCAACAGUUCAGGUUCCACCUCAUGCUCUGCACUUGUGAGAAUCAUUACAAAAGAAUGGAGGAAAGUGGAAUGGAAACAAGAGAGAAUGUUAAAGUCUCUCAAGACAUUUCAAAUUUGUAAUGAAGUUCAAGAGCUCCGAUUCCUUGUCUGUGGACCAGUUGGAGCAGGAAAGUCCAGCACCAUAAACACCAUCAGAUCCAUUUUUGAAGGCCGUCAGUUUAUCAACUGUCUGGCUGCUACAGGAUCAACAGAGACUCAUACUCUACACUAUGAACGAUUUGAAUUUGCAAAUGAAGAAGGAUCAUUUCCUUUUGCCUUCAAUGAUAUAAUGGGUGCGGAAAAAGACUCUGGAAUCCUCAAUGAAGAUAUCGUCAGUGCUUUAAAAGGUUGCAUUAAGGAGGGUUACACGUUCAACCCUCAAACUCCACUGUCUGAAAGCAGCCCUUACUACAAUAAAAACCCCACCCUGAGUGAUCAGAUGCACUGCCUGGUGUUCGUCAUGCCAGCUGACACAAUUUCAACCCAAGACAAAAAGUUUAACCAAAAAAUGAAGAGUGUCAUGAAAGCAGCAAGCAGCAUGGGAAUUCCUCAAGUGGUUUUCAUGACAAGAGUAGACUACGCAUGUCCAAUACCCAAGGAGAACCUGCAAAACGUCUACAAAAGCAAGAAGAUCAAAGACAAUAUGGAGAAAUGCAGUUAUGAACUGGGUGUGACUGUGAACCGUAUCUUUCCUGUCUUAAACUAUCACAAUCAGAGCCACAUGAAUGAAGAUAUAAGCUGCCUGAUGCUCGAUGCCUUAACAAAGAUUAUCUACUGGGCUAAUGACUAUGUGCUCAAAAAGAGUUCACAACAACAAUCAAGGUGGGAAUAAAGAAAGUUCACAUGAUAAGUGACAAACAAUUUUAAAGCUUCUCUAAUGAGUUACUCAGAUUUUCAUAUUAAUCCAAUAAUUAAUGCAAAUAUUUUAAUGCUUAAAUUUAAUUAUGCUUUUUAAGUAUAUAAAAGAGUUUGGAAAAGGAUUUUUAUUUGAUUAUAGAAUUGAUUUGGAAUUGUGCAUCAGUAUCACAGCCUGAAUAAAGAGUGUAAUGCUAACAUGGAGCUUUUCAGACAUUUUAGACUUUUUUAGUCUUUUUAAUUUAGCUCAGCUUCUGUAAUGUAAUAGGAUUUAUGUGGAUGUAUUUUAAUAUAUUGAAUGUUACAUUUAUCUGCUAUUUUAUUUAAAAAAUGCUGAUGUAUUAUUAUUAAUGUGUGAAUAAAACUAUACAAUGCAUAC